UGUAUUGUAUUCCUCAAUUACAAUUUAGUGUAAACUUAUUAAUUUGGAUACUAUAUAUACCCUAUUCUUUAUAAUUAUAAUGACUAGGAAAAGUGAAAGAAUCACAAAGCAAGGCCAGGAAAAUGAGUUUAAUCCAGUGAUAGAUGCAGAGUUCUAUAUAAGAAAGCGUGAAGACAAGGAGGGCUUUGCUGUUAGAGAAAUUACUCCAAACAUAGGAAAAGGGGUGUUUACAAGCAGAAAUUUUAAGAAAGGAGAUUUUCUCCUUGAAUAUGAAGGAGAGUUGCUUUCCAGCGAAGAAGGUGUCAGUAGGCUGGAUGAGCAUGUGGCAAGUGGCAUUGGUUGUUAUGUGUUUUUUUUCAAAAAUAAAGAUGAAAAAAAAAUGAGCAUUGAUGGCACAUUUUCUAGGCUUAAAGCCAGAUAUGUAAAUGAUGGUAUAGGUAUUGAAAAAAACUCUGUUAUGAAAAGAAUUGAUGUUGAAGACAGGCCCCAUUUGGCUUUAUUUGCUGUUAGAGACAUAAACACAGGAGAGGAACUCCGUUAUGAUUAUGGGGAAACAUCUAAAUACCUGCCAUGGAGGAGGAAGUCAAAAAUCACCAAUAUACUAUCUACAACAAACACAGAUGAAGAAUCUGAUGAUAAAGACAGUCAUGACAGUAUUGUACACCAUGAAGACAGUGGAAGUUCUAAUGUACACAGUUCAAAUAUUCUGUCACAUGGCAAGUCAACAAACCCUGGAUAUUCUUCUGACUUCCUUUCUGCUGACAAUAAUGCACCAUCAAUGAAUGACCUUGACUUACUUUCAACAGAGCAGAACAUACUAAAAUAUACUGAAAGGGAUGAUUUUAAACAAGGCAGUUUAUUGUGUGAAUCUAGUUUACUUGAAAGCAAAAAGAAAAUGUGUGACGGCAGUUCACCUACUGAGCAAGUGCUGUCUUCUAAACUUCAGUCUACAACAAACACAGAUGAAGAAUCUGAUGAUAAAGACAGUCAUGACAGUAUUGUACACCAUGAAGACAGUGGAAGUUCUAAUGUACACAGUUCAAAUAUUCUGUCACAUGGCAAGUCAACAAACCCUGGAUAUUCUUCUGACUUCCUUUCUGCUGACAAUAAUGCACCAUCAAUGAAUGACCUUGACUUACUUUCAACAGAGCAGAACAUACUAAAAUAUACUGAAAGGGAUGAUUUUAAACAAGGCAGUUUAUUGUGUGAAUCUAGUUUACUUGAAAGCAAAAAGAAAAUGUGUGACGGCAGUUCACCUACUGAGCAAGUGCUGUCUUCUAAACUUCAGUCUACAACAAACACAGAUGAAGAAUCUGAUGAUAAAGACAGUCAUGACAGUAUUGUACACCAUGAAGACAGUGGAAGUUCUAAUGUACACAGUUCAAAUAUUCUGUCACAUGGCAAGUCAACAAACCCUGGAUAUUCUUCUGACUUCCUUUCUGCUGACAAUAAUGCACCAUCAAUGAAUGACCUUGACUUACUUUCAACAGAGCAGAACAUACUAAAAUAUACUGAAAGGGAUGAUUUUAAACAAGGCAGUUUAUUGUGUGAAUCUAGUUUACUUGAAAGCAAAAAGAAAAUGUGUGACGGCAGUUCACCUACUGAGCAAGUGCUGUCUUCUAAACUUCAGAUGACUAAGAAAUGCUUUGUUAGUCUGAAGAGAUUUUGUAUUUCUAAACUGAAAGGUGGAAGAUUUAAAGUAGGACAACCUGGUCACAUAGGUAUGAAACUAUCUAAAUGUAUAAGAAUUACUUGGCUAGUCCCAAAAAGAUUUGAACAUGAAUUACUGAAUUCUCUUGAAUAUUGA